UUUGUCCCCACACUCUCUCUCUUUUUCUCUCUCUCUCCUCCCAAAUGCAUAAUUAUUACCAUCUCUCUCCUCUCUCGCCCACCUCCAAACCCCUCUCCAAUGGCGUCGUCCUCUUCCUCUCUCCGCGACCUCCUAGCCCAAGAGCUCUCCCACCCCCCAAAACCCCGUAGUAGACCCAACUCCGCAACACCCAAACCCCGUCCUCCCCACUCCGACCUCAACCACCGCCCCGCGCCUCCGCGCGCCACCGCCGCCGCGUCGCUCCCCGUCUCCGGCGACGACGACGACCGCCCUAUCGACGCGGAGGCCGCGCGCGCCGUCACCGCCAUCCUCUCCGGCUACGCCGGGCGGUUCCUAAAAGACCCGUCUUUCCGCCGCGGCCUCCGCGCCAAGUGCGCCGCCGCCACCCGCCCCGCCUCCGCCGACCCCUCCCCCGCGCUCGCCAACCUCGAGCUCGCCGUCGACAGCGUCGAGCGCCUCGCCGAUGAGUGGGACGGGCCGCCGCGCGCCGCCGCCGCCCCCGCCGCGGUUGCUCCGGGGGACGCGAAGAUCCGAUCUUUGCGCAACUCGGUGCGCCUGCUCGGCGUCGUCGCUUCGCUCGCCGCCGCGCCUGGGAAGCGCGGGGCGCGCACCUGCGGCGUCCCCAACGCGCACCUCGCCGCGUGCGCCCACCUCUACCUCUCUAUUAUCUACAAGAUCGAGCGCAACGAUGGGGUUUCGGCGCGCCACCUCCUCAAGGUGUUCGUUGAAGCGCCUUACCUCGCGCGCAACUCCCUGCUCCCCGAUCUAUGGGACCACUUCUUCCUCCCCCACUUGCUUCAUCUCAAAAUUUGGUACACUAAGGAAGUGGAGAUCAUCCGGGGAUGGGGUUCAGAGGAUGGAGAUCAGCGGAUCAAGGGUUUGAAGAGCUCUUAUAAUGAUCAGAUGGACGUGGGCACCGCUCAGUUCGCUUUGUACUACAAGGAAUGGCUUAAAGUUGGAGCCUUUAGGGCUCCUCCUCUCCCUUCGGUGCCGCUCCCCUUGAGGCCUGUUUAUGCAGAGCCCUUGGGGAAGAGAUCAGCUUCGUUGUCGAGGGGCUCCAUUAGCAGAAACUUGUAUAGAGUGGUUUUUGGCCUGGAGCACGAAGAAGAUAUCAGGGACGAAGAGGUGAUUGAUGACAUUAAUGUAGCGGGUGAGAGAUAUUCGGGUUCUAAAGAAAGCAGAUUCAGCCUUGGGAACCUUGUUCAUAGUGAUACGAGGCUUCAAGAAGGGGAAUUCAAACAUUCAGAAGAGAACCCAGCUCCCGAAGCGGCACCAACUCCCCGCAAGUCCUACUCAUUCCGACUAUUAUCGUGCCGCAGUGACUUAAAUGUAGGUACAAUCCAUAGCCAACCGAAUUCAAAGCAGGAAUCAACUCAAGUUGCCAGAGAACCAGAAAACAAUGAGCAAAUAACAACUCUAGAAAGAGCAAUUGCUUUGAUUUCAAAAUCAGAUGAUCUUAAAAAAUGUGAAUCAGCUGUGCGUGUUAUUGCCAAAGCAUGGUUGGACUCGUGCGGAGACUCUACCAUAGAGAUAGCACUAUUCUCGUCUAGCUUAAUUGAAGGGCUUUUAGAGGUGGCUUUCACUUCUAAAGAUGAGCAGGUAUUAGAAUUGGCAAUUUCUACACUGGCCGAGCUAGUCUCAAAGAAUGAGGCAAAUAGACAAGUAGUACUGAAUGCAGACCCACAACUUGAGGUUUUCUUGCGAUUAUUCAGAAGCAAGAAGUUGUUCUUAAAAGCAGCAGCAGUGCUCUAUCUGAUUAAGCCAAAGGCUAAACAGAUGCUAUCCUUGGACUGGAUACCGCUGGUGUUGCGUGUCCUGGACUGCGGGGAUCAGAUACAGACUUUAUUUAAUGUAAAAUGCAGUCCGAAAGCAGCAGCUUUCUACUUCUUAGAUCAGCUUCUUAUGGGUUUUAACGUGGAUAGAAAUGUCGAGAAUGCGAAACAAACGGUUGCUCUUGGUGGGUUGGAUCUACUGAUGAAAAGAUUUGAAAUGGGCAACGCUCGUGAGAGAAGAAGCUGUGGGUCUCUCUUAGCUGCAUGCAUUCGAGCAGAAGGGAGGUGUCGGCAUUACUUGGCUGAUAAUAUAAAGAAGGAAUCCAUUGUUCAGCUUCUUAUGGGUAACCAACUAAAGUCCAGUGGCAGCGCCCUUACCUUGCUGAGUGAGCUAGUCUGUCUUAACAGGCCAACUCAGAUCAUCAAGUUCUUAAAGGAGCUGAAGAAUAAUGGUUGCCUGAACACAAUGCAUGUCCUGUUGGUCUAUCUCCAGCAAGCUCCAAUCGCACAAUGCCCAGUGGCUGCAGCAAUUCUGUUACAGCUUGAUCUUCUGGGAGAUCAUUUGCAGUACAGUGUUUAUCGAGAAGAAGGAAUUGAUGCUAUAAUUGUGGCACUGGAACAAAAUUUACUCAACAAGAAAAUACAAGAACAAUGUGCAAGAGCUCUUUCACUCUUGGCAAUGCGCUUUUCUUGCUCGGGCAAGGCGAUGACAGAGGCAUGGCUACUUAGGAGAGCAGGUUUAGAUGAUAGCUCCGACGGUUCCUUCAGUAAAGAAGAGAUGCUUGGAGAUAAAAAUGCAAGAAUGGAAGAAGAAAAGGUAACAGAUGAGUGGCUGAAGAAAUUAGCAACCAUCUUGCUAACUAGCGGCAAUAAGCGGCUGUUGGUUGCUCUAUCAAAUUGCAUAGCUGAGGGGAUUCCAAAUUUGGCGCGAUCAUGCCUUGUUACAGUCGCGUGGGUGAGCAACUCACUCUCCUUAUUGAAUGGUUGUAGUAACAAUUUCCAACCCUUAGUGUGCUCCAUUCUCGCCCCGCAACUGUUCGAGUGCUUGAGCUACGAUAGAGCACUUGAAGAGAGGGUGCUUGCUUCACUAUCACUGCUUAACUUUGCGAGACACCCAGAGUGCCUCCCUAAGCUUUUUCCGAUGGAUAAAGAGACUAUCGCCUCAUUGCGAGACCUCGCUGAAGUGACAUGGACCGCAAAAGAGCUUCUAUUCGCCUGUUGCAGAUAAUGUCAAAGCUCUAAAUCUCGCUGUUGAUCAAGAAGUAUGUGUCUGAGGAAUUGGAACACCAUUGAAGUGACUUUUGCCUCAGAACUUCAUCAUACCAUUUGCUAUGGAGAGUAUACAUAUUGUUCACCUAUCUGUUGGUGUCUGCCGAAGUAGGGACUGCGAGUUUGCUGGUUCCUUUUACAUGGCUUUCUCUAACAGUACUUUUGUUCUGUAUAAUCCAGUGAAGGACAGUUGUUUUCUCUAUAUUUUGUGAUCAGAUUCUUUGAAGAAUUUUGAUGAUGUUAUUGCAUUCAAUUUCUAAA